AUGGCGGAAGUAGGAUCGCGAUCUCGGCGAACGGAGAGCAAUUGGGAUACAUCAUGCUGCUCAGUUUUCUCAUGUAUGCAGCUCUACUGGGCACGUCUUGUUCUCCGAAAAUGGUUCAAUGUUUCUUCCCCUGAAUCAGAUUAUAGCGCUGAUUCUGACGAUGACGACUACUUAGAAACCGCGACCGGACCAGAAUAUGACCCACGUAGCUCUGGAGUGACGAAAGAUGAAUGUAGUGACGAUGGCCCUAAGAUUAGAAGACGAAAUUCUGAGACUUUCAGGAAGCAGUAUAUGGACACCAAAGCAAUCAGAAUCUGUGCCGGGACAUGGAAUGCUGGAGGAAGAGUCCCACCCACUGACUUGGAUAUCGAUGGUUGGAUAGAUACUGUUGAACCUGCAGAUAUAUAUGUUCUUGGUCUUCAGGAAAUUGUUCCUUUAAAUGCCGGAAACAUUUUCGGUAUUGAGAAUGACCAGCCUGCUUCUGAAUGGGAGAACAUUAUACGGGAUGCCCUAAACCGAGUUCGCCCUAGAAAGCUGAAGAUUGUAAGUCACAGUGAUCCCCCUUCUCCAUCAAAGUUUAAGCAAUCCGAAGAGGUCUCUUACAAUGUACAAGAUAUGUUUGUUGAAACCAGUCAUGAUGCCUGUGAUGCGAUUCGUGCAAUGGAUAAGAAUCCCAACUCUGUUGAAAGCACGGACAGACCAAUUGAAGGAGAAAAUUUACUUAUUAAUAUAGACGUUUUGGGUUCAACCAAUGACACCGUGUCUUGCUUGCCAAUCCAAGAAUAUCUACCGAGGCAGUUUUCAUCACCAAAUACACCGGACCGGAUUCUCUCAAUGCAGGUUAAUAAUGAUUCCAAAAGGGAAGAAAGAUUUAGUUACUCCGGAAGAGUUGGUUUGAGCUGGCCUGACCCUCCAUUGAUGCUGCUAAAUCAACUUGUUUUGGGAAGACGUGGUUCCUUCAAGUCAAAGAAUCUGACUCUCAUGAAACCGAGAAAACCAUCAUAUGUAAGGAUUGUGAGUAAACAGAUGGUUGGAGUGUUUCUCACCAUCUGGGUUCGAAGGAGGUUGCGCAAGCACAUCAGCAACCUUUGUGUUUCUACUGUUGGUGUUGGCAUAAUGGGCUACAUUGGUAACAAGGGAUCUGUAUCUGUGAGCAUGUCAAUCUAUCAAACACCGUUUUGUUUCUUGUGCACGCAUCUGUCGUCAGGGGAAAAGGAUGAAGAUUACCGGAAAAGAAACGAUGAUGUGCGUGAAAUUCACAGAAGAACUCAGUUUCUUCCGCAUUCUUUAAAUGUCAAUGGGGUUACAAGAAGCAUCUGUGAUCAUGAAAGAAUAAUCUGGCUGGGAGAUCUGAACUAUAGAAUUAACCUGUCGUAUGAGAAGAUACAUGAGCUUGUUGCAAGAAAGGAAUGGCAGAUGUUGGUUGAGAAUGACCAGCUUUCAAAUGAAAUGAGAAAAGGGCAUGUAUUUGGGGGAUGGUCAGAAGGAACAUUAGGUUUUCCACCAACAUACAAAUAUGAAAUCGAUUCAGAAAAUUACAUCGGAGAUGAACCAGAAUCUGGGAAACGUAAACCAGCCUGGUGUGACCGCAUCAUUUGGAAUGGAAUGGGAAUGAAGCUUCUUUGUUAUAGAAGGAACGAGCUUAAACUAUCCGAUCACCGGCCUGUGACCGCCACAUUCUUGGCUGAGGUUGAGGUUUUGUCUCCACGAAAACUUCAGCGUGCGCUUACCCUCACAUACGCGGAGAUCCAAGGCCAGGAAGCUUUUGAACACACCUAA